GUUUUCCCAGCAGCCCCCACGGUAGAGACGUCACCGGCGCCCUUCAGCGCAGACGGAAGAUGGCGUCCGCUACCCGCUUCAUCCAGCGGCUGCGGAACUGGGCGUCCGGGCAAGACUUGCAGGCGAAGUUGCAGCUGCGCUACCAGGAGAUCUCCAAGCGAACUCAGCCUCCUCCCCAGCUCCCUGUGGGCCCCAGCCACAAGCUCUCCAGCAACUACUACUGCACUCGCGAUGGCCGCCGGGAAGCUGUGCCACCAUCAGUCGUCAUGUCCUCGCAGAAGGUACUGGCGUCGGGCAAGCCUGCAGAGAGCUCACCUGCCGCUGCCACUGAGAAGAAGGCCGUGUCGCCGGCUCCUCCCAUAAAGAGGUGGGAGCUGUCCAAGGACCAGCCUUACCUGUGACUGCACCCUGGGGCACCUGGCCCGGCCCUCAGGGCCACCUGAGGGCUUCCCCUCCUUGUAUUCCCUCCGGGGAGACCGGGACCUAAUUUAUGAUAAAUACACCCUGCUCUCCGGUGUCA